AUGGCGGCUGAAGUGACGGAAAACGGGGUUGAAACUUCGGAGGAAAAGGACGACCACAACAAAGAGCUCAACGUAGAAGAUAAAAUAGAUCAAGCCUUUUCUUUAAAAGAGGAAGGCAAUGGUUGCUUUAAGCAGAAGAAUUAUCGGGAAGCUAUGAAGAAAUACCACCGAGCGAUGUUGUAUGUGCGCGGGUUGACGGAUCAACCGAUGCCUUUUUCGUUAUCAGAUCGUCCCCUGGUUUCAGAAGAAUUAGCGGCAAAAAUACUUGAACUUGAACUCAGCUGCUAUAAUAAUCUUGCAGCGUGUCAUUUUGAGACAGGUCGAUGGCCAAAAGUAGUAGACUACUGCAAAAAGGUUCUAGCACAUCAGCCGGAAAAUGCCAAGGCAUUGUACAGAAGAGGGACAGCAUAUAUCAACUUGAAGGAUUUAGAUCGAGCUCAAGAGGACCUUAGCAAGGCCACAAAUCUUCAACCUAAUGAUGCAAAAAUCAAGAGAUCACAGGUGCUACUAGUCAAAGAGCUGAAGAAGUCAACAGAGAAAGAAAAACGGACAUAUGAAGCAAUGUUCUCAAACAUCUCUAUUUAGCAAGUAAAAAAAGUGAGCCAGUUCAUGUGUACCGAUCCUUUAUAAAUAAUACUUUAUAAAAAUACUAUCAAUUGAAGCUGUGCUGUGUAUUUGUGGUGUUAUUAUAUGUUAUACCACGUCACAGGGGAAUUACGUGAUUUUAAUUUAAAAGUUUCACUGCAAACUUAAACAAGAAACAUGUGUAUACUGUUUUUUUAAAGAUGUUUUGAGAAAACUUGCCAUCGCAUUUUGAUUUUGAAAAAAAUAGAAUAAGUGGCGCCCUUAGAAAAGCGCCGCACAGUUACCGCAUAAUUUCUUUGCUUUUUAAGGGUUAUUGUAUUGUGAUGUUUGUCUUGGCAUAUCCAGUACAAAGUUGUUAUUGAGACGUGCACUUUCAAUUUCAUAGAAUGAUCAACUAACACGGCCGCUUUAGUUGACAGUUAGAUCCAAGGUGGACACUAAUGCUUGAGUACCACUCAGCAAACUUCAUCUACACCCUUUUUCUUAUAACAAAAGGUUAAAAUUUUCAGGCUGAAAAUGUUCUUUAGGGUGUAUUUUAAUUUCAGUGAACAUAAUGUAUAAAACUUAAUAAAGUGUUAGAAUUACACAA